AUUAAGCGGCGAUUCGAUUCUUUCUCCCCCAAAGCCACCAGCAUUUCUUCCAACUGCUCCUCUUGCUCCCCCGCUCGCUCUCGCCGCCUGCUGAUCCUCUCCUCUUCGGGAGGACCCCGAGCAGCCUCCCUCCCCGUCCAUCUGCUGCUCGCCCCCUCGUAACCUCAAAAUACUUGAAGAUGUCAGAACAUUCUGAGAAUGUAACUGAAAAGAUCAUGGGCAGCAUCAUGGAUACCAUUGCUGACAACCUCCCUAAGCAGAAGUCUGGGCGUUUUGAUCCAGCUGCAGUCUCUGAUAAAGUGAACAAGCUGUUUGGUCGCCAGCAGUCCCUUCAUGGAGUUUUGGGUGGUGGAAAGUCUGCUGAUGUAUUGCUUUGGAGGAACAAGAAGAUAUCUUCCAGUGUUUUGGCUCUCGCAACAGCUAUUUGGAUUUUCUUCGAGUGGCUUGAUUACCACUUCUUGACAAUCAUUUCAUUUGCCCUUGUUCUUGGAAUGGUUGUUCAGUUUGUUUGGUCGAACUUCGCAAGCAGAUCUUCUAAUGUACCCCGUGUCGAGUUACCGAAAGAGCUCUUUGUGAACAUUGCUGUUGCGGUUGGUGCCCAAGUAAACAAGUUCCUGGGUUUCCUUCAAGAUGUGUCUUGUGAAAGAAACUUGAAGCAUUUUGUACUGGCAAUUGUCGGUUUGUGGGCUGCUGCUGUAGCUGGGAGCUGGUUCAAUUUCUUAACUGUCAUUUAUAUUGGAUUUGUCUGCGCUCAUACCCUUCCUGUGCUGUACGAGAAGUACGAAGACCAAGUCGACAGCUUCCUCUACAGCCUUCUUGAUCUGCUCCGAGAUCAGUACAAGAAACUCGACAGCGGUGUCUUGAGCAGGAUACCCAAGGGGAACAUGAAGUUCAAGAAGAGCGAGUAGACUAGAUGGGCACUCAUGAUUACGGAGUGAAACCCCCGUAUGUAUUAUUCUGCUUAGUCGUGUGCCAGACCUGUAGUGUCAAUUGCUGUUUGAGAGCUGUGUGGUGUGCUUCCUGGACCAGGACACCGGUUUAUCACCCCACCAGUUUAGAUUCAACUGCAAUGCAUUUUCUUCUGUUAUUCUGGAUGCUCCUCCACAAAUUAGUGAGACCAUAAGUUGUAUCCAGAAGUUGGAUGUUGAGCUGAAAUUCAUUGUGCUGUUCCCCAAACAAAAUGUUUUCCCCAUGUGCUUUGCAA